AUGCCUUCACAUGCUGUGCCUGCCUGCCUGGCCAAGGGUGUAGAUGUAGUCCUAUCGGACAUCGUAGCCGGUCUGAUCCUGGUCCAGGUUGAGCAGCAGAGACAGAUCAGGGAUCAGAUCCCCAUGACAGCCUCCUGCAAAGAUCCUGGACCCGAUGUAGCCCUGCCCACGGAACCGGUGGAGAGGAGAUUGGAAACCAUGUGGUACUACUUCCGAUACUCGAUGGCCUCCAACGGCUGGCCCGUCCUAGUCGCUGCAGAUCUCAAGUGCUGGCUGUGUAAGCUGUGCUGUGCUGGCAGGUGCUGUGCCUGUAUUAGACCCUCUGAGCGCAUCAUAGGUGAUAACUGCUGUCAGUGUAACACCACAGCCAUAAGAUUUAGCAGGGCAGACGAGGAGGAUCUGCUCUAUGUCACCUUCAAAAAUAAGAUUUUCCAGAGUCCAUUCUUCGUUGCCCUGGAUCAUACACAUAAGUCAGUGGUCAUCGCAAUCAGAGGGACUCUUUCAUUCAAGGACAUGUUGACCGAUGUCUCUGCAGAUGCUGAGAGGUUGGACAUAGAGGGCCAUGAGAUCUAUGCCCAUAGAGGGAUCGCCAACAACUCCAAGUACAUCCUGAACAAACUAAAGGAGCUCAAUCUACUUGAAGAUGCAUUCCAAAGACAUCCAGAAUACAAGUUAGUUAUAUCAGGUCAUAGCCUUGGAGCCGGGGUGGCGGCCAUCUUGUCCAUCCUUCUCCGAGAGCAGUACCCAGAGAUCAAAGCAUAUGCCUUCGCACCCCCUGGUGGCCUUAUCAAUGCUGAAGGAGUAUUAUACUCUCAGAGUUUUGUUACUGCAGUUGUCCUAGGAGAAGAUAUAGUUCCAAGGAUGAGUAUGUGUACUAUUGAGCAGCUCAGGGAUUCAUUAAUUGAAGUCAUUAAGAGAUGUCCAGUGCCUAAGUACCGAGUCAUCUUGCGUGGUCUUUGGUACACUUGUAAAGGUCUUCCAGAGAAUCUCCCAUUAUCCUACAACGAUCUGGAUCACGAGGAUGGGCUGUGCUGUAACCCCCGGGAGCCCCUCCUGCCUGCCAGCCCUAGAGGGGCAGAGCAGAGACUCCUGGCCACUCCUACAGAGGAAGGGCAUGGCAGUAGAGAAGGAAAUGGUGGGAUCCAUAGUGCUGUAUCCAUUGAAGUGGAUGUUGCUGCUGACGAGCGUGGUGCAUCGUCUAACGGCAGACACUCCAGUGUCACAGGUGGUAAGGAGUUCAUGGCCCUCUAUCCACCGGGUCAGAUGAUCUGGAUCACUCGGAGGGAGAUGCAUUCUGGUGGUUGCUGUGGAUCAAAGGACGAAUACCGCGCUCGCUGGGUGACCCAUCGUCAGUUUGACCACAUCGGGGUCCGGCCUGGCAUGAUCAAGGACCAUCUACCAAUAGACAUCAAAGACGCCUUUGCUUGGUUGGUGGACCAGGUCAAGAACGGUCAUGUUGUCCAUCCGGAUGUAUCAUGAUAAAUGGAAGGAGACCAGAAAUAGUCGGCCAACCCAGAUUUUUAUGAACAAGACAUACCGUAGGCUAGUAUUUUCAUCAGCUAUAACUGACUUCAAGACCUGAGAUCUGUUUCAUACAACUUGAUAUUAAUAAUGAGAUGCGAAGAUUGUUACUGAAACCCUCUCAUUUAAAGGGAUAGUUGAGUUCUUUUUUCAGACCGCAAAUGCCUUGAAAGUGCAUGGUUAUUGCUCUUAUUCUUAUCUAUGACAUUUAUAGUGCCCUUUUA